GUGUCUUUUGUUUAUGAUAGACGCUUCUUCUCCCGCCUUCCUUAUCAUCGCCUUAUCUCUGAGGACAGACCUCAUCAUGGUUUCUUCACGUAUCCUGACGCUGGCCCUCAGCACGUCGGCAUCUGUCGUGGCAGCUUUGACGACAACAACAAGGGGUGAGACCGCAUCUGCUGAAUGCACCAAGACCCUACCAAAGGGGCGUGCACCAGGGAACGAGUACACAAUUCCUUACACCGACAAAGACGGCCGAUCUCGAGACUAUCUCCUAUUCUUGCCACCGAAGUACUCUACAAAGUCCAACAACCCGAUCAUAUUCUCCUACCAUGGUGGAACUAGAACACCAGAGUCUCAGCGAGAUCUUGAUCGCCUGGAAACGCCGUACUUCAAUACUGAUCACAUCGUCGUCUAUCUACGCGGAUACGAGGAACGAUGGGAAGGCACUCCUAAUAUCACCAAGAGAAACGACAUUGAGUACACCAGCAACGUCUUGGACGACCUCGAGAAAACCUAUUGCAUCGAUACAAAUCGCGUCUUCAUGACUGGAAAAUCCAACGGGGGCGGCUUUGUCAACUAUGCUGCCUGCCACAAAGAACUCUCAACGCGCUUCGCUGCUUUUGCCCCCGUCUCUGGCUCUUACUACAUCGAGGGUGCAGAGGGUUGCAAUCCCAAGACCGUCGAUAUUCCGUGCAACCCCGGAAGGUCCAACAUACCUCUCAUUGAGUUUCACGGUGGAAUCGAUGGAACUAUUCCCUACGAAGGCAAUCCUAGCCGUCGCGGCGCUUGCUUGCCUGACGUCUUUCACUGGGUAACCGAAUGGGCCCUCCGUGAUGGACUUGACGAGAAGGCAUGCGAGAAGAAUAUCACCUCUCGUGCACAGAUGUAUCGCUGGGGAACAGGUGACAAGAAGGGCCUCGUCACCCACGUCUAUGAGCAUGAUGUUGACCAUAGUUGGCCCUACACUGGGGUGAAUGCGGACAACAAGGAGCACGGAGAUGGUCCGGCAUCCUACAAUGCGUCUUCAUAUAUUAUGGACUUCUUCAGCAAACAUACACUGGCUUGAGACUAAAAACGCCCAUCCUGGAACCAGCUAGAACUGCAUCAUAAUAAUGAUAAUGCCACAUCUCAAAUAGUAGCUGCCUCAGAAUAUGCAAAUCCCAUUUCAUCAAUGCUAUCCUCCUCCACCGUCACCUCCGCCUCCUCCACCACCACCGUCACCGCCGCAUCCUCCAUCCCCGCCGCCGCCGCCGCCACCACCACCACCAUCCCCUCCACCGCAAUCACCACUAUCGAAAGAGACAUAGACUCCGUCGAAGACGAAAUACUCGCCCUUUGUGCGUCUCUUUCUCCUCCUAAUAGGAUUAGUGCCACCGAGGACGAACUUUGCCUGAAUUUUGGCAGGAUGACCAGGUUGAACAGCUGCCGCAUCGGGGACGUAGCCGUCUACUCCCAAGUUGUCCAUGACAGGAUCUCUGGGACAGUCUUUGCUGUACUUCUUCGUCCAUUCGUUCCUCGUGUCUUGCAAAAAUAGUUGUGCUGCAGCGGCCGACGUGACAUGCUCAUAGUCGAUGAGCCUCCUGGCGACGCUAAAGCUCCACACCCAGUAAGAGCCUGGGUAAAGCCGAUGUGUAUGCCAAAGAAGAUCGAUGGCUAGGGUUGGGGGUACAAUGCAGCGGCUUCUCAACAGGUGGGUUCCUGACUUGGGCCGAAAGAUUGUGUCCAUGUCGUAUUCCACUGGGCGUGAGGUAAAGGUUCCUUCGGCAGGCCUUCCAAGCAACUUGAUGAACUGUUCGUACUCGCCAAUUGAGCGGCCGAGACCCGUGACAAAAGAAGCACCGCUCUCUUUUGCUUCAAUAACCGUCUUCCAAAAUGCAAUCUGACUGUUCAAGGUCUCUCGCAGGUCGUCGAGAGUGGGCCAGGGUGCCAACUGACACAAUUCUCCGUCCCGGCUGUGUAGGUUCUUCUUGAGACAGACGUCUUGCCUCUUCCCGAUCCUCAUAUCCGUCCACUCGGACAAUGUCCAUUCUCUCUUCCCCACAAUGGUACAAUAGGCUUGCUGAUCAACAUCGUGUGUCUUGAUCGCCGGGUCAGCUUUGAUAUGCAUACACGGCUCCUUGUUCGAAAAACGUGACAGUAGCUUCGACUUUCGUUCGGGUUGCCAUGGCGGAUACCGCCACAGUUGGAAAGGCAGCUUGUGACUGUCAUCUCUCAAGUUAUACGACCCCCAUUUCUUCUGAGCCUUUUUGUCGGACCAUGUGCCAGAGUUAUAGAGUUCUAGUAGGCGCUUCACUGGGAAGUGAUGAUGGUUUAAGCCGUAGUCGCGAUACCCUCCAUCCCAAAGAUACCGGUGGAAUUUGCCUGGCGAUAGGAGAUGGCAGUACCAGAUGAUGGCAACAUCCCUACCGAAUAAUCUCAGUCAACACAUCGAAUUUAAUCUGAACACGGGAACUCACCAAGGGGGUGGAUAAUCAUGGGGCGCAACACCAUAGAUGCGCAGAUAGCGGAUGUAACACACAUAGCGCCACUCCGAAUAUGCUAGAGCUUCGUCGUGGAUACCGCCCGCAUCAUCAUGUUUGAAGUGCGGUAUGAGUUUCAGGAAAAUCUCAAUGAGCUGGAUGUGGCUCUACAUAGUCAUCAAGAUCAGACAUGGAUCAUCCCUCGAAACCCUGCGGUCACUUACUGCUGCGGCGAGUUGAAGCGAACUUUUGACUCUCUCCUUGGGCCAAGGAUCUUCAAAGACGGGCGGCAUAUUGCAAUUCUGUUUGUUGAUACGAAAUGGUUCUCCG